AUGCCCGCACCUUCCAACCCACAAUCUUCUUCGGCCUCCGAUGAUCACGGAAUCUCUUCCUUAGAGGAACAAUCAAUCUACUCGGAAAUCAAUGGCUCCGGUGCUUCUUUGCCCAGCCACCACAACCCAGACAAAACACCGGAGGCUAGUUCCACUGACUUGGCGGUGGAUGAUCUUGACAGAGGCGUGCAGGAUAUCAGCCUUACGUUGAAGAAGCACAACGAGGGCGCAAGCUCUUUACUUUCUCGCCAAGACCACGGUCUACUCAAGCGAGAGAAUUCGUUUGAAGAUGAUCGCACGCAUCUCUCUACCUCAUCUACCAAAAUGACCAAUUUCGAUUCGAAAAGUCUUGCCUCUGUGACAACUUUUGCGAUGGAUGAAAAGGACUCUGUGCGACCUGAUGAUAGCGCUAGUGUCCAGGCUAUCGAUGAAGAAGAGUCCCUGUCCGGGCAUGCUUCUGGGGCGCCAAACUCAGUAGCAGGCUCUGAAGCUGGCAGCCGUGCGUUCCGUGAGCAAUUCCGAGACGGCAUUCCUACACGACCCCGUGGUAUCUUGCCUGUGCCUGGUCCUUUGUUUAAUGGCUCACAGUCGGGGAAUGGGACAAUCCCCCCAGACUCGGUUUCAAACAAUUUUGUCAUGCCAGCCAAUGCGGACAGUGUCCAGGAUGGUCAGAAUCUCCAUGGAUUCCCCCUUGAGCCUGAUGAGAAGCUUCUGGAGGCAAUGAAAUCACCCAAAGACCGCCUGCUAAUCCUACAGCUGGAGGAGAAGAUCCGAUACUUCAUCAAGAAUUGCACUGAGCAAUCUUUAGAGCUGCCACCCUCCAACGCAUUUGGGCGUCUUCUUGCUCACAAGCUUGGAGACUACUAUCAUCUCACGCAUUUUGUUGAUAACAAUGUAACUUCGGUCAGGCUUCAUCGCACGCCCUUUUGCCGGCUUCCUCCUCCCUUAUCUGCCGUGCAUGCUGCCACCAAUACUACCCCGCCUCCAGUUGUUCCAGCAAUGAAAAUAAUGCGACGAAAUGACGGUGGGCAACUCGACGGGAGCAUGGGAGGCUCUUCCAACCCCUCCAAAGCCAAUUCAGAUGCUGGUGACAGCGGGCCGGAUGGAGAGCGCAAUGGUUCUUCAUCGGGCGCUACCCCUGCCAAGGAUCGAAUGGCAUUAACAAGGGAAGAGCGUGAGGCAAAAUACCACCAAGUGCGCGAGCGAAUUUUCCGUGACUUCCCUGACUCCGCAAAGUCAGAGCCCACCAGUGGGGACUCGAAUCACGACGUCUCACGCUCCAGCUCUACCAACGGUCGUAAAAAGAACCCGAAGCAAAGAACGCCUGUUGAUGACAGCUUUGAGGUUCGCUCUCAAUUUGAAAUCUGGUACCCCGGAGUACAAUACGGCAAUGGUCCGGUUUCCUACAAUACUCCAAUGAGCGACAACUCGGCUUCAAACCAGGUACCCUACUUGGUCGGACCUGGCGUACCACCGCCAGCGGGUGGCUAUCUGCCAUCAGGGCAAAACGGUGCUAUGCACUCGGGUCAAAUGCCAGGGCCGCCACAGUAUCCAGCUACAAUGUCACCACAGAUGGCAUCUAAUGGCCCCUGGCAGCAAGGUGUUGCCAUGCCACACCAAUCACCUUAUCCUGGGUACGCCUCAAUGGCUCCGCCAGGGAUGAUGAACCAACCAUCUUCGAAUUCGUCCUCGCCGGCAAUGAGCAACUAUGCUGUACCCAAUACCUCACCGUACCAGCAUGGCCAAAACUGGAACACCGCACCCUACCAAACGCAUUUCCAACAGUCUCCACAGCAGCGAAAUGGUCCCCCUGUCCAUUGGCCCAACUACCAACAGCCCAUGCCCUCUAACAUGCCACACAUGGGCACCAACAUGGGUGGAUACCCUUACGCUCAAUACCCCGGCCAACCGAUGAAUCAUGGUUUCCAAAACCCCUCCAUGGCUCACCCAAUGCAGCCUGGAUACCCUCGGUCACACUUCAAUCCGCAGACACGCUCAUUCGUCCCUGGUGGAGUUCCGACUGGGCGCCACCCGGGCAGACCCCCACAAAAUUCGCAUUACGGCCUCAUGCAACACGGCCCUCCUGGUCAGUGGAACGGGUACAGUGAAACUACUGCCAAUCGACCUAUGGAUCCAACUCGGAUGCCCACGGGCCCGCGAGACUCAAUUGCCAAGUGGGGGACACCCUCACACCUUCCUCCCAAACCUCCCCCAUCCGAGGUCCCAUCCGAAUUCGAUUUGAAAACUCGAUCUGUUCCAGCGUCGGUCCCUGCGCACGUGCCAAUGUACGUCAACAACGCAGCUUCCAACGGACCGCUCGUAGUUUCAGGCGGUGUUGCCCUUCCAAAGCAAGAUUGA